UUAGCAUGAUGAGGCGUCUGGCAGCAUUGUUUUCCAAAACAGUCCUACAAGGCGGAGCAUACAAAGCAAUAGUCGGCACGCUCAACGAUGACGAGUCCAAUUCUUCUCAGCCAAUACAAAACAUAUUGCAAGGUCCCGAUGUCAUAUCUAAAACUAAGGGAAAUUGUGAGGAAAUCGAAUUCUACAAGCAGAUUUCGAAGGAGCGGAGCAGCGGUUUGGAAAAACUGCAGUUCAUAGUUGGACAUGGUAUACUGCGAGCCACACUAAGAGACGAGAUUUUGGUACAAAUCUGCAAGUAACUCACUGAGAAUCCAACUCGCACAUCUUCGACCAAAGGCUGGCUACUACUUUCGCUAUGUCUAGGUUGCUUUGCGCCUAGCAAGCGCUUAGAAAAUGUCUUACGUUGUUUCAUACAAAAUGCUACCACAUUAUUGGCGCCUUAUUGUGAGCAACGCUUGAGUAGAACAUUGCAGAAUGGUUUACGUACCGAACCACCCUCGUGGCUUGAGUUAGAGGCUGCUCGUAAUAAUACGCCUAUAACACUAAAUAUUUUACUCGCGGAUGGUUAUACGAAGAAGUUAAAGGUAGACUCAGCCACCACCGCUAGGGAAGCAGUACAACAGUUAGCGGCGCAUAUGGGCCUACUCGAUUGCUUUGGGUUUUCCAUUGUCAUCUCAAUUUCUGGCAAAGCAGUCUCUCUUGGCAGCGGCAAUGAGCAUACAAUGGAUGCUAUCUCAAGUUGUGAACAUUACGCCAGAGAGCAGGGAAAGUGCGAGCUCAGCGCGUCGUGGAAACUGUACUUUCGUAAGGAAAUGUUUAGCGCUUGGUAUGAGCCGAGCAGCGAUCCAUUAGCGACAUUAUGUGGAGCAUGGGGCAAAGUUGGAUGGAAAUUUCAUACCCAACUUCAUACCGAGAGAUCUUCUAUACGCCGGCGAGCAAAGCCUAAGAAGUUGGCAAACACUUAUUACAGAAUCGUUUGCUGUCCCACCCUUUUGACAGAUAACAUAAUUAUAGCCAUUAAUUCGGAAGGUGUCUUUUACAUUGAUGGCACCGAGCAGGUGUUGGCUGAAAUCGCCAAGUUUCAAGAUUAUAAGCCAACUGAGGCGGAGUAUGGUGCGUGUCUCGGUUCCCGCAAAGGUGAUCUAGUACGUUUUGGUCCCGACACAUUUGGCUCACAAGUCUUGGAGGCGAAGCAGCGUUUUUUGCCUGGCGUUUGCAACGCUGUGGAAGGGGAAUUCACCGCGGAAGUCGUAAGCGCCUUGGCAACGCUUACAAAGCCACCGCAAAAGUUUUUGCAGGUAUAUAGAGAGUGCGCGGAAAAUAUGCAUAAUCAAGAUUUGGAUUCGGUGAAACAUACAACGGUACAGCGCCAACGUCUGCACACACUGAGAAAAUUUGCAGAGCAACAUUUUCGCGAGGAUAUACUCUCUGACAUGCCUUCCCAGUCCCAAUUACAUUUAGCAAACUCUCCAAAGGAAGCACUUUGGCGGCUUUCAUGCAAUAUGCUAAAAGCUCCACUGCUCAAAACGGUGCUACGCGAUCCAGAGAGUUCCCAAAAGGCGCUUGUAAUCUUCUAUAAUAUAUUAAAGUACAUGGACGAUGCGACGCAUGACGAGCAGAUUAUAAGCACGGAUUUCAUAUUUAAACCUGCGCUAGAGCGGCAAGCACUUCGCGAUGAACUCUACUGUCAACUAAUGAAACAACUAAAUGGUAAUCACCUGCAAAGCAGUGAGGAGCAUGGUUGGGAUUUAAUGUAUCUGGCUACUGGUGUAACAUAUCCCGGUCCACUGGUUUUGAAAGAGCUACUACAGUUCUUGAACACAAGCCCACAUAUGCUGGCCGCACAGCCAUUGAAGCGAUUAAAACGCACGUUGGAAAACGAACAGCGCAAGCGAGGGCCACAUGCCAUAGAUGUGGACAGCAACGUUUCAUGCAUAUAUUCAGAACGAAGAAGCUUUGUAUUUUCUUUAUCGGUUGAAGUUACCUUUACCACCGAAAACUAUAUUUAUCACAAGAUCUAUUUUCCCGACUGCAGUAUUGAAGCUUUUGAGCUUGAAUCAUUCACACGCGCUCACCAUAUCACGCAAGAUGUCGCUAAGCGCUUUAAGCUUAAAUCUCACGAUGGCUACGCACUGUUCGCCAUAAUUGGCGAGAAAGUAUUUGCCAUGACCGAUAAUGAAUUUAUAUUCGAUUUCACUAAAGACUUGGAAAAGUCGUUUAAACUUAAUUCAGCCAAGCGCUCCAUGACGCAGUUCCACUUCAAAUACUAAUUGCAUUUCAUGAAAAAGCUUUGAUUGAAUGUCGUGCCCGUCUGGGAUAUGAGUGCCGAUAUGAUUUUCCAUUAUCCACAAGAGGUGCUUAAAUAUUUGAGCGGCUACUAUAGGGUGUAUAAAGAGUUGGUAGUGAAAUUGGCUGGUUUAAUAUACAUAGUUGGUUUUGGCGCGAAUAUCAAAUUCUUAAAAAGUGUAACCGAUAUACUACCUCAAUUAGUGCCAGAUGAUCUUAGAGUGAACUUGGGAGUAAACGAAUCCGAGCAACCGAUGUUCAGUUCGACAUUCUUUUCGGUAAUGCAGAGCGGUGGAGAUAAAAACUUGCCGGAGACCAUACUGAUUGCUAUUAAUAAAAACGGGUUUCAUAUUAUUCAUCCCGGAACAAAGGACAUUUUGCAAUCACAUGCCUAUGCCGACUUAAGUUUCUAGAGUUCGAGGAAUACAUAUUUUCUCAAACGCUUUGGUAAUAUGUUCGGUGCAUCGAAACUGCCUUGCACCACGCUGCAAGGUCACAAAAUAGACGAUUUGUUUUCUUCGUAUGUGAAAUAUUUUAAAGAGAAAUAA